AUGGCCAGCAAUACCAGCGCAGUAACCCCCCAGCGAUUCAGCGAGGGGUUCGCCUACUCAGACUACAUGGCCCAGAUCAAUGUGAACAAGGAACGGAUGGAUGGCUUCUACGAAAACUUCAAGGUAACGUCGGAAAACGAGGCUUCGCUGAAAGAAUUGGCCAGCAACCCCAACGGCCCCACCAAGAUGUUGGUGUUGUGCGAAGACUGGUGUGGCGAUGUAGUGCGGGGUUUGCCCGUACUAGCCCGCAUGGCCGAGGCCGCCGGGUGGGGAAUGCGAGUUUUCCCCAGGGACCAGCACCACGACAUAAUGAACGAAUUCCUCAAAAAUGGGGAAUGGAUGUCUAUUCCCACCGCCGUCUUUUACACUUCGGACCACCGGUACAUCUUGCACUGGAUCGAGCGUCCUGAAGUGGCCGAAAGAGAAAUCAUGGAUAUUGAGGAAGCCAUCCGUGCCGAGAAUCCCGACAUCAAUGACCAGGACUACGGCCGGGAGCGACGGGCACGGACGGCGGCUCGGGCGGAAGCCUGGCAGCAGGCCACCGUUGAGGAGAUUAUUGACCGGCUUCAGGCCAACCUUUCGACGUAG